UCAAUCAUAGGUACGGUUAGGGUUUCUUGUUCGAUGGCAGCGCCCAAAUCUGAACCUUCCCGCCCAGUCACGUGCAAAUUUGCACGCAUUUAUCCCCGUCGUCCGGGCGAGCGGGGGCAGCGACAGAGAGGGAAAGCGGGGAGGGUGCGACAUGGAGGUGCAGAGGGCGCGGCUUCUGAGCCUAGCGUUGGAGUUUGGGUUCGACGAAGCUGCCGCGAAUCGGUGCUUGGAUCGCCUCCUCGAUCUCUACGGGGAGGAUGGUAGAGACUUUGUCACCGUGGAACACUGUGGUGAUGAUUUUCUUGCUGCACUGGCCGAUUCCAUCCAAGACAAGGAAGACUGGGAUGAUCUACAAGCUAUUGAAUCUGAAGCUUGUGGAGCUUUAAAUGACAUAUUUGUAAAUACAAUUCCAAAUAAUGAAGAAGCAGGGAAUGCCAUUGUUUUCGAAACUCGAGAUUUAGGAAAACGGAACUCACUCCGAGACCCAGACCAUGAAAAUAUUGAGAGGUUUUGUUCUUUAAGCAGUGAAGAUUCAGAUUUGGAAGUAAUCAGCCAAAAUGAUAUCAAGCAUGAUCCAUCUUUCUGCUUUGACAAGAAUGAAGAUUAUACAAUUCAGCAACCUUCAAAAUCAACAGUUUCUGAAGACACUAAUACAUGUGAAGAAGAUUCAUCCUAUGCCAAUGGAAGGACAUGCUCAUAUGCAACACAACACAGACAUGAAAGUCUAAGUUAUGAAGAAUUGCAGUCUAUGGAUGAUAUUUUAUUGGCAAAUGUCGUGAUUUUUGGUAAUAAAACAUUUCGGGCUCUGCAGUAUCAAGGUUGUAAGGCAGCAUUGGAGAACAAAGAUUGCUUUGUCCUUAUGCCCACUGGUGGUGGUAAAAGUCUAUGUUACCAGCUCCCAGCUACUCUUCAUCCAGGCGUUACAGUCGUUAUAUGCCCCUUACUGUCAUUGAUACAAGACCAAAUCACUACACUCAACAUCAAAUAUGGAGUGCCUGCAACCUUUCUGAAUUCGCAGCAAACUGCUUCGCAGGCAAUGGCGGUCAUCCAAGAACUUAGAAGUGGCAAGCCUUCAUGCAAACUCUUAUAUGUCACUCCUGAAAGAAUAGCUGGAAACCUGUCAUUUAUGGAUAUACUGCGAUGCUUAUACCAAAAGGACCUACUUGCAAGAUUCGUUGUAGAUGAAGCACAUUGUGUAAGCCAAUGGGGACAUGACUUUCGCCCAGAUUAUAGGGGAUUAGGAUGUCUUAAACAAAAUUUCCCCAGGGUUCCUCUUAUGGCAUUAACUGCAACUGCAACUCGGCCGGUCCGAAAGGACAUUUUGGACACUUUAAGAAUACCUGAUGCUUUAGUUCUCGAGACAAGCUUUGAUAGAUCUAACUUGAAGUAUGAAGUAGUAUUUAAAAGCAAAGAUUCACUAAAGCAGCUUGGGCAGCUAGUGAAAGAUCGUUUUAACAAUAUGUCUGGAAUUGUAUAUUGUCUAUCAAAAAAUGAAUGUGUUGAAGUUUCCAAAUAUUUAAAUGAAAAAUGUAAAAUAAGAACAGUGUACUACCAUGCUGGUUUAGCUGCUCGUCAGAGAGUUGCUGUUCAGAGGAAAUGGCAUACUGGAGAGGGUAAAGUUGUCUGCGCAACAAUUGCAUUUGGCAUGGGCAUAGACAAAGCAGAUGUGCGUUUUGUAAUUCACCAUACCAUGUCAAAAUCAAUUGAAAGUUACUACCAGGAAUCAGGUAGGGCAGGACGAGAUAAUCUUCGAGCAACAUGCAUUGCUUUUUACCAAAAAAAGGACUUCAGUCGAGUUGUGUGCAUGUUGCGAAGUGGAGAAGGUUUUAAGAGUGAAAGGUUUAAGACAGCAAUGGCUCAAGCAAAGAAAAUGCGAGAAUAUUGUGAACUGAAGAAGGAAUGCAGGAGGCAAACACUUUUGGAACAUUUUGGAGAGACUUUUAGCAGGGAUGGCUGCAUGACUGGUCCGAGUCCCUGUGAUAACUGCUUAAAAUGUUAUGAAUCUGAGUAAAUAAAUCUACUUUGGUCCGGUCAGGAGAUUGAAUUGAUUUGGCCUUCAAAGUGCCUUUACAAGGGAUUUGUCCUUAGAACAGCUAUUAUGCCAGAGCCAGGGCCAGAGGGCCAGGGAAGUGAAAUAUUCACAACAAAGUGAAACAUCCAGAUAGAUCUUCUAUUUUCCUGAAAGUUAUCCUACAAAUAAAGCAUCUA